AUGGACACAAAAAAACUUCCCGAGAGGUUCUUCAGGAAGAAGGCAGAGGCCUUCAACCGAAAGGUUAAAUAUGCUAAACAAAGUGUCACUCAAGUAGCAGCCCUACACAAUGUAUUGCCUGGCUAUCUUGAGAAGGAAGAUGAAAAUGAGAUGAUCACUCAAGAUGCUAUGUUGAAAGAAGUUGAUAUUGGUUCAGCAACUAAGCGUUUUGAUGUUAAACUACAGUAUGGACCGUAUGCGAUUGAUUAUUCACGAAACGGCAGCCCUGUGUGGUAA